AUGGCAAGAUUACUCUUCUUCAUUUUCUUUGCCUUACACAUCAAUUCAGCAUUUGCCACAACAAUCUUUAACGUCUUAACUUAUGGAGCCAAACCAAAUGGAUUAACUGAUUCAACCAAGGCCUUCCUUGAUGCAUGGACAGCAGCAUGCGGCUCUGCAGAUUCGACAAUGAUUUACGUACCUAGAGGAAGAUAUUGGCUUGGCUCUAUGGUCUUUGCAGGUGGUUGCAAAAGCCCUGAUAUCACCAUUCAGAUAGAUGGAACCCUAGUGGCUCCAGGGGAUUAUCGCAUUCUUGGCCAAGCUGCCAACUGGCUUAGCUUCGAAGGAGUUGCUGGCGUUUCCAUCGUGGGUGGUGCACUUGAUGCGAAGGGAUCACCCUUGUGGGCUUGCAAAGCCAAAGGCAACGAUUGCCCAAGUGGAGCUUCGUCACUGAGCUUUACGAACUCCAACAACAUAAAGAUUAAGGGUUUAUUGUCAUUAAAUAGCCAGAUGUUCCACAUUGUGAUCAAUGGCUGCCAAAAUGUGAAUAUUGAAGGGGUCACAGUGAUCGCUGCUGGAGACAGCCCAAACACAGAUGGUAUCCACGUCCAAUUAUCCAGCAAUAUCGUGAUCACUAACUCUACAAUUAAUACUGGAGAUGACUGCAUCUCCAUUGGCCCUGGGACUCAAAACUUGUGGAUCGAAGGAAUCAAAUGCGGCCCUGGUCAUGGCAUUAGCAUUGGAAGCUUAGGUAAGGACCCAGAAGAGCAAGGGGUUCGAAAUGUGACGGUCACAAAGACGGUCUUUGCAGGCACCCAAAAUGGAUUCAGGAUAAAGUCAUGGGCUAGACCAAGUAAUGGAUUUGCCCAAAGGAUUCGAUUCAUGGGUGCUAUUAUGCGGAACGUUCAAAAUCCCAUUAUCAUUGACCAACAUUACUGUCCUCAUAAUUUAAAUUGUCCUAAUCAGGUAUCUGGCGUGAAAAUUAGUGAUGUGAUAUAUCAAGAUAUUCGUGGUACGUCAGCCACACCAGUAGCUAUAAAUUUUGACUGCAGCUCUAAGUAUCCUUGCAAUGGAAUUAGAUUGCAAAAUGUAGAUUUGACAUGCUCGAAUCAAGCAGCUCAAUCAUUUUGUGCCAAUGUGCUCGGAAAGAUAAUUGGUUUAGUUCAACCCAAUGGUUGCUUGUAA